AUGCAGGCCGGUGUGGUCUCUUGGCAGGCAAGGCAGGUGGAGGCCGCCAUGGAGGGCUUGUUUCUCAUGUUGGAGGAGUUCUGCAGCCUGGUGGACAUGAUCAGGAGUGAUACCUCCCAGAUCCUAGAGGAAAACCUUCCACUCCUGAAGGCCAAGGCGGUGGAGAUCCGGGGCGUCUACGCCAGAGUGGACCGGCUGGAGGCCUUCGUCAAGAUGGUCGGGCGCCACGCCGCCUUCCUGGAAGCCCUGGUUGUGCAGGCGGAGCAGGAGCAUGGCGCCUUCCCGCAGGUCCUGCAGAGGUGGCUGCGCUCCGUGGGGGUCCCCUCCUUCCAGAAUAGGCCGUCUGCGCCAGCCCCUGCCGGCUACCAGCUGCCUGCGCUGUACAGGACAGAGGACUUCUUCCCCGGGGACCCCAGAGACCCCAGGCCUCCGGCGCCCUAGCAGCCCACGGCGGCCGCCUGUGCUCCUCCCCGCGCUCCUCCCACAGCACCGCACCGCACAGCGGCCCCCAGGACGCCUGCGCCCUCUCCCUUUUCCUGCUGUUGGUUGUGUUUGCUUUUCCUCCCCAUGGGGUCUGGGGUGGGGUGGGCACCCAGGUGUGGCAGGCUCUGGGGUGGCGUGGGGUGGGGGGUAGGGGUGAGUGCACAGCCUGCAGACCCCAGUGCCCUGUCUCGUGAAUCACCUCAAUAAACGUGUCCAGAGCUCCUUG